AUGCCCGAUGAACAUCGCCACGACAAACUCAAACUCCCCAAGUUCGAGCCUUUGCCACCAACAAAUCCCAUCAACAGGUUGAUCAAUUUCGUCCUGGCACCAAUUUUUUAUCUCCUCUUUACUACGAUUGUAACAAUUCUGAUCGUCCCCAUCUACGUGAUGAUUGACAACUUCAAACACGGCCGGGGAAAGCAGGGCGGACAGCGCGUGCCAUCGGAUUCGAGCAACUACCCUGAUCAACCAGACAAGUCGAACAAGGCCUCCCAGUUCUUGCGCACAUACGGACGAAGCUAUGGCCAAGCCUCGUCUGAAAAAAGGGAAUGACCUGUGCUUUGACCCAUGUCUGACGGUACUUCUGACGUGCGGCGAGGUCCUGUCCGGGUACAGUGCAGUGGCCCAAAUCGGGCAACACGGCUAGGUGUUUUUGUAACAGGGAAUCCCCUUCGCCGACAUUCCGGAGAGCAGCCCUUCGUCGUG